GCAACAGUCUUAAUUGUGCAUUGUUCCAAUCAAGUGGCAGCAGUAGCAGUAGCAGCAACUUGAAGCAUCCUAGCCUAGAACUUAGAACGGCAGUGUUGGACAGUUGUUCUUCUGGACUUAACCGAUCGACCAUGAAAGUGUUUGUAGUGUUAAGUGUCCUGUUGGUGGCCGCUUCGGCGCGUCCAGAACCACCAGCACCGGGCGGCUAUCCGUCCUAUUCGGCACCGUCGUUCAGCUCGGGUGGAGAUAUUGGACCGUAUGCUUCCAGCAAUCAAGGCGGCGGCGGCGGCGGCGGUGGUGGAGGUUACAACUACCAACCGGCCACCCAGGUCGUCCAGAAGCACAUCUACGUGCACGUGCCGCCACCGGAGAAGGAAGAACCGAGCUACCCCCGCGUAGUCCAGUCGGCCACCCCCCAGAAGCACUACAAGAUCAUCUUCAUCAAGGCGCCAACCCCGCCGCAGCCGAAGGCCCCAAUCAUUCCGCCGCCACCACAGAACGAGGAAAAGACCCUGGUCUACGUCCUGCACAAGAAGCCCGAGGAACCGGAGGAGAUCAUCCUGCCAACGCCACCACCGACCAAGCCAAGCAAACCGGAGGUCUACUUCAUCAAGUACAAGACCCAGAAGGAGAAGAAGCCCGAAUACGGUCCACCAAAGCAGGAAUACGGAGCCCCAUCGGGCGGAGCCGGUGGCCCAUACUAAGUGGCUCCCUCCCGGCAGAGGACCAGGACCCCGACCAGGACGACAACGGUACCGACGGAUGCGGCUGCCCUCGACGGCGGAUGCUGAUAUCGGUUCUAACGAUACUGAUGUUGUUACAACACUACAAAACAUGCUGCUGAACAAUUAUUGGUGCGAAUGUGCGAGCGAGAGAGCGAACUUAAAUCCCAUUUUUUUUGUUUCUAGCCCUUAAGAUUAUGAUUAAUCCAAACUGCGGACGUUUUGGUUUCAGCAAAACCGUUCCGCAGUUUAGCGCUUUUUACGUGUAUAUAGGACCCUAGUAAUUCCUAUGCAAACAUCUGUUCUUAGCGAGCCAUAGUCGAAUCAUCAUUAUUAUGUUAUUUAUUACGUUAUUGCAACAAAAAAGCAUAUCUAGUUGAAGUAAAAAAAUCUAACGGUGACAAAUUUAAGAAA